AUCGCAAGGCCUUCUACGUGAUCUUCAGCUGGGAGAACGGGGCGCAGAUCUACGAGCUGGUGGCACAGACGGUGUCCGAAAGGAAGAACUGGUGCAGUAUGAUCAGCGAGACGGCCGGGUGUCUGAAGCUGCCCUCGUCGACCCGCCUGAAGCCACGUCAUUCAGUGCCAAACCGAACUUCGCCACACUAUUAUGCAGAGCCGCUGCUCAGUGGAACGGAAAACGGCAGCAAGGAGACGCUGCCCUCGGAAGAACGAGAGAAGGACAGCCCGCUGGAAGGAGCAGAGUUCGAGGAGCGUGGCCCAGGGGGUGAACAGAGGUCCAGCAAGGCGAUGGAAGAUUUCUUGGCCGACAUCCUGCCCCUCUAUAAACCACAGCCCAAAGGGCAUGGGUCCCUGGCAGCUGCUGUGCAGGAGAGAGUUUGGGCGCUAAAAAGGCUUCUGCAGCUCCCGGAGGAAGGUGAAGCCAGCUUCCCAGCAGAUGACGCUGACCGCCUCCCGGAGAACGGGAACUCCUGUGAGGGGGAAGAGGAGGACGAGUGGGGCACGGGAGACGGGGCCGAGGUGGAGAACAGCAGGAGGCAUCAGAGCGAGAGUAUGAGAACAGGGGGGACCCCCAACGGCCCUCAGGAGCUGGAGUGGAGCUCGGAGCACUUGGAGAGGGAGGGGCACACCUCCCCUGUCAUCCUGUCUCACCAGCAGUUGGAUGGGGUGAAGCAUCACCUGCGACUUCUGGAAGAUGCGGUUCAGGGACUGAAGGAUAUUGAAGCGGACUAUUGGCGCCUCCAACAGCUGAUGGGGAAGCUCACGUCGCCUCAGCAUCCUAGCUUCACAUGAGGCUGAGCCCGGCAUGGAAGGCCCAUCUCAAGCCAGCAAGGAGGAAGAGACCCUCUGCCCCAGCCACCUUUCUCUUGCCGGAUGGUCCUUUCCCAGCAUCGGCAGCCUGAGCGGGAACGUCGCUGCGUUUUGUAUAGAGGAUUCGUAGAAUAGAGAAAGAUUCUGGGGGGUGUUUGUGCGUCUGUAUAUGUAUUAUUUUUUCUGCGGGCCACGUUACAAAGGCCCCCUUUUGGCGGUCAAGGAGUUCCAUCUACGCGGAAGGCCACGGCCGGGGAGCGGCUUUUCCGUCAAGUUCGAAAGAUGCGCGGGGGGCCUUGUAACCUUUGACGACACAAGUAGGUCGAGCCGGUGCCAAAGAGGGGGUUGGUGCAAAUGACAAGUUGUCUUUUUUUUGGGGGGGGGACCAAAGAUG